CGUGACGCCGCCACGCCUGGACGCAGCCGCACUCGCCAUCGCCGAGGCCGAGUCGAAGCAGCGCUGAGCAGCGCGCCCGUGCCAUCGCUGUCGUCGCGCCUAGCCGGAGGCGGCCGGAGCCCGGAGCCGAGGCGGCGGCGGAGGGGCGGCGAGCCGGCGAGGCCGCAAGGGGCUACUCGGUCGUGACGGGCGACGGCCGUCCGCCCGUCCGGCUCUGGCGGCUGGCGCACCGGCGCCCGGCGGCACCACGUACGAGCGGGCUGCGGACCACGUUUGAUAAUUCAGAAGAAUAGAAGAUGGAUAGGAAAGGAAAAGGAAUGAAUAGAACAUGUUUUUGAGGGCAAUAGCAAAUUAUUCAUAUCUAUCAUCUAGCGUCAAAUCUACAUUUUCUUAAGAUCCUGGCCGUUCCUUCCACAUCUAACGGCGCACAGCCGUUUGACCGAACCGCCUACGACUACUACUCCUCGACGACUCGCGAAUCUCCAAUGGUGGCGCCGAACGUGAAGGCGGAGACAGUGGCGCUGAUGGACCGGCGGGCGGCGGUGGAGGCGGAGAUGGACGCCAUCAUCGCCGCGCUCUCCGCGCCGGGCGGGCUGGGCAUCACGGGCGGCCUCGUCGACGCCGAGGGUUUCCCCAGGUCCGACAUCGACAUCCCAGCCGUCCUCGCCCAGCGCCGCAAGCUCGCCGAACUGCAAAAUGAUCACAAGGAUAUUACAAACAAAAUUGAGAAGAACCUGGAAGUUCUACACUCAACAAAACUGUCAAGAAAUGAUCAAUCAAUCCCAGCAAGUUCUGGCACACCAGCUUCAUUGCACAGUGGGUUAUCUCAAAAUGAUCCUAUGGAAGAAGAUGCUGUGACCGCACUUCCUUUUGCCAUAAUUGAUGAAUUGACGGAUGGUUCUCCUGCUGCUUUGGAUGGCUUGCAGCUUUGGGAUGAGAUAGUUAAGUUUGGAAAUGUUGAAGCAGGUGACAGAUUGCAAGAAAGACUUGUCUCUGAAGCACUUUCCAAUGAGGAUUCUCAAGUAUCUCUAGUCAUCAUUCGGCAGGGAUCAUCAAUGAACUUAAUUGUUACACCAAGAAAGUGGCAUGGAAGAGGACUUCUGGGAUGCCAUUUCCGAAUCUUAUGAAAGAACAAGAUGGUUUCUUUUAUUGUGCUUGUGCAGACAGCUCCUACAGAAUCAGCGAUAAUGAUCUGAUUAACCCAUGAAACAACAAUGAGAUGCUUUUCAUGUUUGUACUUGUGCAGACAGCUCUUGCAGUCUUGCAGUAUCGAGAGCAAUCUAAUUAACCUAAUGCGUGUCCUACUUUUAGCUUGGUCUUACCCGUACAUUUGGAAACAAAUCAGGUUGCGUAUGUUUUGGAGUUCUGUUUUCCGGUGCUUGCUCUCACGUAUAUUAAUUUGCUGGUACUGUAGUAGACUUGAAGUCAAAAAUGAGAUAGGAAUUGCAUCCAUCGUAUGGACAUUAGUACAAUUGCACAACCGUGGAAAGGCUGUGUUAUCUGGUCUUCGUC